AUGCCGAACUACCCUAUAUUUUAUUCUAUUUAAAAUGACAAAGAUAGCUCUACAAACGUAUUUUCGUUGAAUUUUAACGAUUAAGUGCAAGGAGAUGAAGUCUUAAAGCUGAGGCACAUAAUAAAUGAAUUCCCCAUAGACUUAUAAAGUGGAAAUUACCACAUAAGGUUUAAGAUUUAAUGCAAUGAAACAGAACCUAAAAUUUUUGCAUGGAUAGAUCCUUAGAAUUUAGAAGCGAGGGCACCUAUAAUUAACAAUGCAGUAUAUGUGAAAAUUUUGUAGUUGACGAAGGAUGGAGAUUCUAAGAUUUAUAAUAAGUAAAAAAUACUCAAAAUUAAGCAAAAAGGAUCUUUACGAAGCCAACCAGCCUAAGAGUUAAAAAAUUAGACUCCUCCUAUAGAAAAUGCACAGAAGGUAAAACGAGUAACAGGCAGUUCAACAAAUAUUCAUCAUUCUAGCUCUGAUCCUGAUCUUGUACACUAGAAACACAUGGGAUCAGCAAAGGCUUUAGAUAGUGAUUAUAAAGAUACAUCAAAAUAGAGCUAAUUUAAGUAGAAAUCCUCCAAUAAUUUAGAUGAUUCGCAGCAAAGAUAAGAAAAGGCUUAAAAUAAAAUUCCUGUUAUUAAGAAUCAUUUUGAUGAUGAAUAUGAUGACUACGUUGCUCCUGCUCCUUAAGUGACAGUACAACCUCAGAAAAUUCCUCCUGCAGUUGUAGACUUAAUAGAAGGAAACGAUGAAGAGGCUCCCUCAUCUGGCGCUGGAAAGAACUCCUCUGAACAUAAUACCACUUCAAUCAAUAAUAUUGACAUUUUCCCAUAAGAUGAUGGUUAUAGACACGUUUAACAUGAAGAUCUUAUUCAUCAUUAAAAAGGCCCAAUCUCUGAAUCUGAAAGAAAACUUGAAAGCAGAAAGAACGAAUACAUAAUAAAUGGUGAAAUAAAUCGCGAAAAGCUUAUUAAAGUUAAAGAGUAAAUCCUCUAAGAAGAAUAAGAAGAAAGAAAAAGGGAAUAUGAAGAAGAAGAAAGAAGAAAGGCUUAAGAGCAAGUAGAUAAGAGAUCUGCACAGGAUAGACUUGAAGGCAAAAUUAAAAGUUGGAAAGAGUAAAAUGGAACCAGAAAAGACAUUAGAACUUUGUUAUCAACACUAUAAAAUAUUUUGUGGCCAGGAGCUAACUGGACCCCUGUUUCCUUUUUUGAUCUCUCAACAGAAGAUAGCUUGAAGUCUGCAAUUAGGAAGGUAUUUAAAACAUUCCAUCCUGAUAGAAAUAGAAAUGAUAUUGAAAAGAAAUACAUAUGCGAAUAGAUUAUAGAUGAAAUUAGAAAAGCUUAAAAGGAAUACGAAAACAAAUAAUAAAAAUGA